GAUCAAUUAUCGUUAAUAUCGGGACAUUAGCCGCUUCGGGAUGAACGGUGCGCAGUUCGCGACGAUUCGUACGAGCGAAAUCAGUGAAAAUUGUGGCGAUUUUAGUGUUGUCUAGCGAGUUUAAUGGAUUAUUUAAAGAGGUGCGCGAUCGAGAUCACCGCUGAAAGGCUUGUUGGCUCUUUUUUUUUUUUCUACAGUGAUAAGAAGUUUUCAGUUUGUUAGAAACGAGCCCGACGGCGAUCUUUACUCGUUUCUGGUUGUUCUUAAAGGAGGAUCAAUAACAUCGCGAUUGACAGGGAUAAAAGGAACGGAUGCGACGCGGUUUUCGAGAUUGAGACACAUCAGCAAAACCUAGAUUAAUUUAUUACGUCCAUUCAGAAAACAUACGUCCACCCGUUGUUUCUCCCGUAUCAGUAACCGCGCGGAAAAAAGUGAUGCAUGAAAAGUCUCGAUAUUACAAGGCACGUGUUUGUAUUGGAGUAAGAGCUACUUUGUGUGUAUGUGUGCCAGGUGCACUGUUGCAUCCCUCUGAUGAGCGCCAUGCACCGUUUAAACCAUAGCCGUAAUGUCAUCCCGAAGGCUACUUCUUAGUAAUUCACAAAGGGUUCACUCUUCCGUAAAGUACAGCGCAUGGAUACUUUCCAGGCAAUACCUAGCACGUACCUUGCUAGAGAAAUAUUUGUGGUAGAUCCUCGGUGAAUCAAGAGCAUGGCUUCUGGCGCGUCUUCCUUGGAUAGUGCUGGAAGUAGUGAUGGAGCACUCAACAUGGUUGUGAAAGCACAUUAUUUAUAUUCGCAAUAUUUGCAUUAUGUUCAUUAUUUUGCAAUUUGCGUUGUUGGAUAAAACUUAUGUGUGCGGCAUGCAGAAAGAGAUAGUGGAAGCUAUGGCAGUGUUGGAAGUCCUGUCGGUGGUCCUGAAUGUUGUAGUGAUUAUGACGGUUUGCAAGCUCAGUGUGAUCAAGCCAUGCAUCAGCUUCAACUGCUUAGACAUAAACACUCUGAUACUAUAAGACGGUGUGAACAUACUAUGAAGGAAUUGGAAUACUAUCGAGGACAACAUAUAGCAGUCAUGAAUCAGUUGGAGGCAACGUCACAGGAAAGUUCCGCGUUGCGGGGCAAAUAUGGAGAUCUAGUGAAUGAUAAGCAACGUCUUGACCGGGAGGUCCAGGCGUUGCAAAAGGAAGUGUCAGAUUUAAGAUGUCAGAAUCAAGAAGUUCUUGUUUCCGAUGCUAGUAAUAGUGACACAAUGAAUCAGCACUACUUAUCUGCGCUUCGAAAAUAUGAAGCCGUUAAAGACGAAUAUGAUGCUCUUAGGAAACGGUACGAUGAUUUAAUAUCGUCGCAUUCGUCGGCCGUUAAUAAGUUGGAACUAUCACAAGAAGAAGCUGUCAGAUUAAAGAAACAGUAUGAAGAGAUUGUUCAGGAACGUAACAGUGCAGUACGUGAGCGAAAUGGCUUGAAACAACAAUGUACUGCUGCAAUUAGGCAAUGGGAUAUAGCAUUGAGGGAAAGGAACGAAUAUCGUGAAGCCUUAGCUAAAGUACAACAACAGCAUGAAGAAGCUGUUAAAGAAAUUAACCAUGCGAUGGUGCUACGCAUGAAGGCUAGUAAGGAUAUGAAACGAUUGACAGAGGAAAGAAAUGCUGCAUUACAAGAGUACAGUUUAAUUAUGGGUGAACGUGAUACAGUACAUAAGGAAAUGGAAAAACUUGGUGACGAUCUCACGCAAGCAUACACAAAAAUCACACAUUUAGAAAAUCAGAAUAAACAACUUAUAGAAGAGAAAAAAGCUUUAUCUUAUCAAAUCGAAACGCUGCGAAGAGAAAUUUCAUCCGCUCUGCAAGAUCGCGAUGAAGCGUUAAAACAAUGUAACGAGUUACGUCAGAAGUUCGGUGAUUAUUCUGAAGGUUCGAAAAGAGAUUAUAAAAAUCACAUGGAAUUACACUCGUAUAACCGCGAACGUGAUAACUCGAACAAAGAAGCCGAAAGGGAGAAUAACACGGUUGAUUACACGAAACGUGACAAAGAACGUAUGGAUAAUUUGGAUCAGGCAAACUUGGAAUUGGACAAACUGAGAAAGUCGGUAGAUAAAUUACAAGCGGAACUCGAGGAAGCCCUCCAGGAAGCAGAGGUAUCGAAACGAAGAAGAGAUUGGGCUUUCAGUGAAAGAGAUAAAAUAGUUUUAGAGAGAGAAAGUAUUAGAACUCUGUGCGAUAGAUUAAGGAAGGAACGUGAUCGUGCGGUAUCGGAAUUAGCCGGUGCUUUACGCGAUUCUGAUGAUAUUAAAAAGCAACGAAACGAAGCUUCAAAGGAAUUGAAGGAUCUCAAGGAGAAAAUAGAAUCCGGUGAUCAUGCGCUAAGGGCGAGUCAAUUUUCCCAAGGUUUAACGCAUGCUCACGAUUCGACGAUCGAUACCGAUGUUAGCGAUUGGGAAAUUCUUACUAUUCACUUGGAUCUUAGUAGACUUUGCUUGGAUUCGGAUCGCGAUUUAGGGUUAACAUUGGUUGGAGGACGCGACAAUCCGUAUUAUCCGAACGAUACUGGAAUUUAUGUUGCUCAAAUAACGUCAGGAAGUGCCGUCGAUGGUAAACUUAGAGUGAAUGAUUGUAUUAUGCGAGUGAACAACGUGGAUUGCACAUCGGUGUCCACGCGUGUAAUAAUGGAAACUUUACGUACCUGUUCGGUGGGAUCAGCUACAUUAACGGUAAGAAGACGGCGUUUAACCAGACGAUCGUUAAGGACAACGCAAUUACCUGUUGGUUCUGUUCCUCAUGGGAUUUCUUUGGAACUCGGAGUGUAUAUUUCAAAAAUUUCUCCUGGUAGUCUAGCUGCUAAAGACGGCAAUCUUGCUGUAGGGGAUAGAGUUUUAAAUAUUAAUAGUAAAGCAAUGGAAGGUAUUAAUUCCAGUCACGAAGCAAUGACAAUUUUAAACGAUACUAGUACAGAUGUACUAACUAUUACAACCUUGAAAGGAAUACCAUUGCCUUCGGCGACCAGUUCUGAAACUAUGACCAUAGACGGUAGUUUCGGAACGGAGAAACAGAAAAUGGUAAACAGUUGUUCGCAAACGGAACAGGAAAGAAUGAUGUUAAAAACCGCGUCGGACGAUUACGACAGGCGAUACCUUGCAACGAAUUUCGGUGAUAGAAGUGUGUAUAAAGUUUCAAAGUCGGUUAGCAGUGAAAAGCCAAGCGGGAUUAGCAAUGCUUGGGACAACAUACGAGAGAAAAUUGAUAUCGUACGAGGACGUAAGCAUAGUAAGGACCGUGAGGAGAAGAAGAAGCGACAUCGUAACUCCAGUACAAACACCUUCGAGCAGGAACAGGAUGCGAUCGCGGAACUGGAUUCUGUAAUAGAGAGCUAUCACAAGAAAGCGAACAACGGUGUAUUGAAACGAAGUAAGCGACGCGGAACAGAGAAAGUUGAGAAAAAUGGAGGUACGUGGCCGAAAGCUAGAGGUGGGCCUCUGAUACAAAAUGGUACUGGUACGAUUUUGCAUCCACGUAAAACGAAAGAAAGGCUGCCCUUAAGUGUACUCCUUAAUCCUCCAAAGUAUGAAAGUUAUAACCGUAUAUCCAACCCGAUUCCCUUGACCAAUUUCCCGAAUGUUAACAAUCGGCAUACUGUGUAUAAGUCUGUUGAAAAACCAUUACCAAAUUUCAUUAAGGCUGGACCGUUAUUUAGUCAAAAAUCCUUUACUCCAGUGGUGCAGUUCAAAGAUAUACCGAUAGAUAAGAAACCGGCGGCGAGCGAAUUCGAGAACACGGAAAAUAGACUCAGUUCAACCCUGACACCGUCCGAAACGAGUAUCGACUUUUCCGUGAAGUCCGGUAACACGGGAAAGGAUGUAGAAUAUUUCUCGAAGAAGAGAGCCCAAAAGUAUACCCCUAGCAACGAGAGCCAAAUAGACACGUUGCAGCAUAACAGGGCCCAGUCGCAGCUCUAUUCAGGGGCCGGUUCCUCGACGUCGUCGACCAGCGGGCCAAGACAGCAAUUGACCGGUAACUUUUCAUUUCCCCCGUAUACGCAUUCGCAUCCACACCCCCAUCAACAGAAUUCUUUACCAUCGAGAUACCCUUCCCCACCGUCUUUGCCGUCCGCACAGUCCGGGGAGUCGAUAGGACUUCCCGAUGCACGAUCAUACUUCGAACCAUCGUAUAGCCCUGGCCCGCAAACAGGAUUCGGCCAUUUGCACACACCCUCAGUAGAUUUGCAUUAUCACAAAUCUCGCGGUCCACCGAUCGGCACUACGUACGACGUGCCACCGUACACGCAUGGCUACGAAGGUGGAACAUUUCCGAGAAAAAAAGAGAAUCAACGAUUUCGAAUACCGUCAAAUCCUAGUGUUACGUCGAAAAGCAGCGUGGGUAAAUUGUCGACCGGCAGUAUAGAGAGAACCUCGGAAAGAGGAAGCCCGAUGCCAACAUUCCACGUGGAAGUACUUAGCCCGGGUACCGGGGGCGGUGGCGGUACCGGAGGAACGGUCCGUGGAAGUAGCAGCAACAAACGGUCCAGCAUGCCUGACUAUUGUUACUCUCAGCCAAGGCCGGCACCUGGGGAACUUCGUAGAGUUCACAUAGACAAAUCGGUCGAGCCGUUAGGUAUUCAAAUUUCUUGCUUAGAGAGCGGUGGUGUAUUCGUCUCCACUGUUAGCGAGCACAGUCUAGCUUCCCAGGUCGGUCUACAGAUCGGCGAUCAGUUGCUCGAGGUCUGUGGCAUCAAUAUGAGGAGUGCUACUUAUCAGCUUGCUGCCAACGUGUUGCGUCAGUGCGGUAAUUCCAUAACGAUGCUGGUGCAGUAUAGUCCGGACAAAUACAACGAAUUAGAGGAAGGCUCCGCUUCCUCCAGUUCAUCGGAAGCCGGUGGUGCCGAAGGAGGUAGCCGUAGUGGGUCGCCUACACCGUGCAAUAGUCCCGAGGCUCCCAGAAAAACAACUAUAGAGCCAUUGGAAAGCUCGGAACCCGAGCGUGACGCCUCUAGUAGUUUAAGUACAACGCGCGACACUACCAACACCCUGACUAUCAUGCGUGAAACGUCGAAUACCUUGGAACCACCUCGCACCAUCCGAGAAAGAGACAUCAGAAAUUCAGCCUCCUUGGAAGUUAGAGGCACCCAAGAAAGGGAACGAGAGAUCAGAGCGUCAGCGUCGUUGGACAUCAACAUAAGGAAACCAGAGCUCCGUAAUUCGGCCACCUUGGAAAAUAUGCGUAAUUCCGUGACUCUUGACUCGUUACGUGGUACCGGGAACACACUGACGCGCGCGCAACUGAAUCAAGCAGCGACCACGUUGCAAAGACAAAACGCCACCGUGAGAAGUCCAACUCAGGAAGAUCAGAGUCGUAAAAGUCCACCGCCGAGCGAACCGAGAUACCUGUUUAUUGAAACUAGAAAAUGUUCUAAUCUGGGCAUUUCGUUGGUGGGUGGAAACGGUGUUGGAAUAUUCGUACACUCCGUGCAACCGGGUUGCCUCGCCGAAGAAGCCGGUCUACGUACCGGCGAUAGAAUUCUGGAAUACAAUGGCGUGGAUCUCAGGCAAGCAACCGCCGAGCAAGCGGCCCUGGAACUGGCUAGGCCGGCGGACAAAGUAACGCUGAUCGCUCAAUAUGUACCUGAAAGGUAUAACGAAGUAAAAGAUAAGCCUGGAGACAGUUUCUAUGUGAAAGCUAUGUUCGAUCGGGUAGGUGAAGUUGGGGACAGCCUACAGCUUAGGUUUAAUAAAGACGAUAUUUUGUACGUCGAUAAUACAAUGUUCAAUGGUACUCCGGGUCAUUGGAGAGCCUGGUUGGUUGAUCAGACCGGGAGACGACAGACGUGUGGUAUAAUUCCAAGUAAAUUCAAGGUUGAAGAAGAAUUGCUUUUACGACGGUCACUGGGUGAUUUGGAAACGGACACAACUAGAAGAGGUAGUACCAGUGCAAGAAGAAGUUUCUUCCGUCGAAAGAAACAUCAGCGUUCUUCUAGUAGGGACAGUAAAGAAUUGUCACAUCUCACGGGGGUGAAUUUGGGUUGGUACAGUGAUAGCGGGACAUUGAACGAGGAAACUUUACCAGCAAGUUAUCAACGUGUUGAAAGAUUAGAUUAUCCAGCUUUAAGACCAGUACUAAUUAUUGGACCUCUGAGCGAAUGUGUAGUAACAAAAUUAUUGCAAGAAUUCCCUGGACAGUUUACUAGGUGUCUUGCAGAAGCUAUGCAUUGUUCCCAGGCGACCCUCGAGCAAGGUUUACGUGACUCUCUUUAUGUAGACUACAGAAAAAAAGGAAGCUAUUUCGAGUGCACUACGGUACAAGCUGUCAAGGACAUUUGCGAGAAGAAUACUCAUUGUAUCUUGGAUGUAUCCAUCGCGUCGAUCGAGCGGCUUCAUCGGCACCAGAUCUAUCCUAUUGUUUUGUUGAUUAAAUUUAAGAGUACCAAGCAAAUAAAAGAAGUGAAAGAUUCGAGAUAUCCAAGUGAUAAAGUAAGUGCCAAGGCUGCCAAGGAAAUGUAUGAACAGGCAUUGAAAUUGGAAGCCGAGUAUAGGCAUUAUAUUUCUGCUGUAAUACCGGCGGGAGUAAAUGUUGCUUACAUAUGCACGCAAGUUAAAGCAGCAGUAGACGAAGAGCAAAGCAAAGCCCUGUGGGUUCCUAGAGGACUUCCCUGACGUUUAAGGGGGGGUCCCCACAAACCGCAGUGGAAAUCAAUCUAAAUUCCACCAGGGGGCCCUUACGCUGUACGAUUGUACAAAAUUGUUACAAAUUUGUUUAUUUAUGGUCUCUUAGUUGUCUCGAAAUUAGACAAAGAUUUCGAUUCUUCUUUUUAUGCUUUAUUACAAUGGUUGUUUCAAUCGUUUUCGCUCAUUUCGGUUGUGAUGCAAUUAUACAAAUAUUGCAGUCUUUCUUUCCUUUUUUUUUUUACAAUGGAUUUUAUCACUUUCAACUUGAUACAAAUUUUAUGUUUUAUUUUGAUAUAUUAUUUUAUAAACGCUUUAAAUAUUUGACUAUGUUACGUUCAACUGCUAUAUCUCAUUUUUUACAAAAUAUUGCAAAACAUACAAGACUUCCAUGUUGAAAUACCUUACUAUUUAAAUAUCACAGUUUUAUAAUAAUUAAUAAGUAUCAUUACAAUAUGAAAUCUAGUCGAUUUCGCAUCAAUUUCAUGUUACAUUUCAAAUUUUACAUUUGCUUUCUUUACAGAGAUCAGAGAUUUUAAUUUUAUUUUUCAAAAAAAGAAGCCAUAAGAUGGCUUGUACAUUUCGCACACGUCUUUUUCUUUUAAUCGAUGAACUUCCUGCGCAAAUCGUCACUCGUACUACCAGCGAACGAAAUAGCUUUGUCAACUUGUUAUUUUGCUUCGAACCUCGAUCAAUCGUAAUUUUUCAAUAAAUCAAUGAAACGUUACGAAAAUGAAUAGUAAUUGGUGCGAGACCAUAAAUGAAUUGGUGUAGCAAAGAAAAAUAUUCGUCGUACCGUGGCCCGCAAAACAUAUUGGUGGAUGAAUUUGUAAAGUUGAUUAGUUAAUUAGCGAAUAAGUUUCAGCCAAGUAUUAACUGGCUGCUAUUAUUAAUCCCUCAGAUCAUUUCGUUGUACAGAAUAAUUUUUGCGUGAUUAGGAUUAGUGUACAGAGGAUGUAAUAUUAUAAAUGAAAAAAGAAGGUUACUUAUUUGUAUAUAAUUUACUUAAAAGGAACGGAAGGAACUUACGAAUUAGUUGGUUAUUAAUUUCUAGCUUUCUUAGACGGAUCCUUUAGAUUUAAGCGAUACUUUAGUCACAUUGAUUUGUAAAAUUGUUUAUAAUCCGUUCGUUAAUGUUGCACGGUAGUCGGUUUGAGGGGUUAACGUUUUUUUUUUUUUUUUUUUUCUUAAUUAUCUUUAGAUUGAAACAAAUUGUGAAAUACGGAAUUGAUAAACGGAUGGCUCGUGUUGUCGCCAUCGCAGAAUUUUGUAAAUAUUUAAGAACGAUGAUAGGAGUAGAUAACAGCGACACAGACUAACCUGAUAUUAAACGCUUGUAACAGAAUAACAUGUAACGAUGCGCGUUACUGCUUUUUUUUACUUCUUAAGGUUUGAAUUAUUUCUACGAUCGUGUUUUUCAAUGGCGCUUUGCAAGUGCAGUCCUCGAGGAAAUGUAUUUAAAACGCGAAUACCGUACCGCUGUGUAUCUACAUUCAGAACAUUUAUUUUUCAUGUUUCUUGCUCGUGUAAUCUAAAAAGUCAAAUUUUAUUUUCCUAUCGUUCACAGUGUUUGAAUGUAGAUACAAAUUUCGUGAGAAAUCUUAAGAUACUUCAAACGUAUCAUUUCUUCUAAUGUAUUUCAAGGAAUUGUCGUUGCUUACGCAAAACUCCUAUGAACGUCGCGGGUUAAAAAAUAUACUUGUCCGUAUUUUAAAGCGUGAGAUGAGAGAGCGAAGGACAAAGGAAAGGAAAGUGAAAUGUUACUUCUUUUGUGAAACAGAAAAUUUAGUUUUCUAACGAGACAAUAUUUAGGCGUAAGUUAUUCAAAGUGAGACCAAAAAUUAAAGGGAUACUAUGCUAAUUCAUAAGGAUUACGAUUAAAUUUAUUCGUACGGGAGGGUAUGUGUAGAUGUAUACAUUUUUUGAUACGCUGCGAAAUCAUCGGUACGAAUUUCGCAAAAAAUAAUUAAAAAAGAGAAAAGAAACGUAGACGAGUCAAAAUGUGCCAAGCACUCUUGGCAGCUGAUCAACAAGGAAUUUAUUGUGUUUCGUACCCAGGGUAUAUAGAUAGGUUUUAAAAAGCAACUAUGGACAAUCUAGAAAUUAUAAUUAGGAAUUUACUAAUGAAUUAAUAGAACGAAAUAUUUUUCGGGAAUGGAUAUUUAAUUCUUAUUCUUUUAAGAAAUAGGAAAGAUACGGAUAAUAUAUUAUAUAUUAUAUCUAUAUACAUAUGUAUAACAUACAUAUGUGAAUCUUGGACGUUAUACACGUGUAGGGUGAAGUGUGUAAAAUUGUUAUUUAUAGCUUUAAAUAUAUUUUGAUACGCGUUAGAAAUUUUAUAAGAGGCAUUUCUUGUACAUUUCGUACUAUUACAAAAAUUUGAAACAAAAAGCGAUGUAUUAAUUUGUUAAAAAAUGAAAUUAUUUCAGUGAAACAACAAUUUUCUUGAUCUUCUUUAGUGUCAACUACUGUACAUAAAAAAUAGCGAAAGAUUAGUGUAAUUUAAAAAUAUCAUUGCACAAAGUGCAGUGUCAUAAGAGUGACAUGUAUUAUUUUUUUUUUAAUUGAAAAUUAAUGUACAUAAAUGAUCAGAAAUCUACGUUUGACGGAAUGAAUAAAAGUUUCAUUUGACCACUA